GCUACACGGUGCUCUCUUCCCCGCGAUCUCGGGGCAGACAUACGCAAUCUGUGGUGCUCGAGUCCCACCAAUCGGGGUACAUUGUCGCACAACCGAGCUGUGAUACUACAUUACUCCAACAACCUCCUCUCCUCUGCCUACGGUGAUCUGACCCCUAAUGGGCCGAAAUAUGCAGAGGACAAGGUCCGAAGUGCUUCUUUGGGCUAUGUAAGAUUACUCUGAUGGUCGGUGCGUUGAUUAUAAGAACUCGAGGAGGCUCACUUCGAGUUGACCGCCGUGGUGUCAACCAACUGCCAAUCCUUGCCACUAUCCCUCUGAACGCAGCGAGCAGACAGCCAUGAAACUGACCUUGUCCUUGUGGGCUGCUGCAACUACCGCUGCCGCUGCUCAGCAGCUGGCUUUCCCCGGCGCAGAGGGCAUGGGUCGCUUUGCAACUGGCGGCCGUUUCGGUGAAGUCUUCAAGGUCACCAACCUCGCCGACUCGGGCGCAGGCUCUCUGCGCGACGCCGUCUCUCAGCCAAACCGCAUAGUCGUUUUCGACGUGGGCGGCGUCAUCAACGUGGAAUCGCGCGUAGUCGUGUCCAAAAAUGUGUACAUUGCUGGCCAAACGGCACCAGGCGACGGAAUCACAGUGUAUGGUGACGGCUGGUCCUGGUCCAACGCCAACGAUGCCAUCACCCGCUACAUUCGUAUCCGCAUGGGUCGUGGCGGCGCAUCAGGCAAAGACGCCAUCACCAUCGCCGAGGGCGCGAGGAUGAUUUUUGAUCAUGUAAGCGUCUCCUGGGGCCGCGACGAGACGUUCAGCAUCAGCGGCACCGCAGUCAACGUCACCGUCCAGGACACUAUCAUCGCCCAGGGGCUGGAGACGCACUCGUGCGGUGGCCUCAUGCAGACGGAUGGAGGCAUCAGCCUGUUCAGGAAUCUCUACGUUGACAACAACACGAGGAACCCAAAGGUCAAGGGUGUCAACGACUUUCAAAACAACAUCAUCUACAAUUGGGGUCGAGGCGGUGGCUACAUUGCGGGCGAUUCCGCCGGACAGAGCUACGCAAACAUCAUCAACAACUAUUAUAUCUCGGGCCCAAGCACCAGCGUUACAGCGUUCACGCGCGGUAACCAGAACUUCCACGCCUGUAGGAAACCCUGCCCCCAUGGCGACCAGAGCUUCAAUCCACUGACGGGGAGGAUAGACGUCAAGGACAACUUCUACGAUCCCAACACCAACGGCGAACUUGAUGGUUCAGCCUUGUGCGAGUCGUCCACGUGUUACUCCGACAUCGACUUCCAGGACUCUCCCUUUAACUACCCUGGUCCAGAGACUCUGCACUCUCCCCAAGAGGCUCUCGACAUUGUGCUGGCCAACGCUGGUGCAUCAAUCGUGCGAGAUAGCAUUGACACAACUCUUGUCAACGAGGUCCGCUCGUACGGUCUCGAUGGAAGCCUCAUCGCCAACGAGGACGAGGUGGGUGGCCCGGGCGUCAUUGCUGGUGGGAAUGCGCCGACGGAUUCGGACGGGGAUGGCAUCCCCGACGAGUGGGAGAAGGCUAACGGGCUCGACCCGAACAAUGCGAUGGACGGCAUGGCCGUCGCGGAAAAUGGGUACACAAACCUGGAGAACUAUAUCAAUUCCUUGGUCUAG